CACCAUGAGGAAAGGACUGCGGGGCACCGCGGCCCGCUGCGGACUGGGGCUGGGAUACUUGCUGCAAAUGCUCGUGCUACCUGCCCUGGCCCUGCUCAGCGCCAGCGGCACCGGAUCGGCCGCCCAAGAUGAUGACUUUUUCCAUGAACUCCCAGAAACGUUUCCAUCGGAUCCACCUGAGCCUCUGCCACAUUUCCUUAUCGAGCCAGAAGAGGCUUAUAUUGUGAAGAAUAAGCCUGUGAACCUGUAUUGUAAAGCCAGCCCAGCCACCCAGAUCUACUUCAAGUGCAACAGUGAAUGGGUUCAUCAGAAAGACCACAUAGUAGAUGAGAGAGUAGACGAAUCCUCGGGUCUCAUUGUGCGGGAAGUGAGCAUUGAGAUUUCAAGGCAGCAAGUAGAAGAACUGUUUGGGCCCGAAGACUAUUGGUGCCAGUGUGUGGCCUGGAGCUCUGCGGGCACCACAAAGAGCCGGAAAGCCUACGUGCGCAUUGCCUAUCUACGAAAGACAUUUGAGCAAGAGCCCCUGGGAAAGGAAGUGUCAUUGGAACAGGAAGUCCUACUGCAGUGCCGACCACCUGAAGGGAUCCCAGUGGCUGAGGUGGAAUGGUUGAAAAAUGAAGACAUAAUUGAUCCGGUUGAAGAUCGGAAUUUUUAUAUUACUAUCGAUCACAACCUCAUCAUAAAGCAGGCCCGGCUCUCAGAUACGGCAAAUUAUACCUGUGUCGCCAAAAAUAUUGUAGCCAAGAGGAAAAGCACAACAGCCACCGUCAUAGUCUAUGUUAAUGGUGGCUGGUCCACCUGGACAGAGUGGUCUGUGUGUAAUAGCCGCUGUGGACGAGGGUAUCAGAAACGUACAAGGACCUGCACCAACCCAGCCCCACUCAAUGGUGGAGCCUUCUGCGAAGGGCAGAGUGUGCAGAAGAUAGCCUGUACUACGCUAUGCCCAGUGGACGGCAGGUGGACCCCCUGGAGCAAGUGGUCUACAUGUGGCACUGAGUGCACGCACUGGCGCAGGAGAGAGUGCACAGCACCAGCUCCCAAGAAUGGGGGCAAAGACUGCGAUGGCCUGGUCUUGCAAUCCAAGAACUGCACGGAUGGGCUGUGCAUGCAGAGUUUCAUUUAUCCUAUUUCAACUGAGCAGAGAACCCAAAGUGAAUAUGGAUUUGCCUCUGCACCUGAUUCAGAUGAUGUUGCUCUCUAUGUUGGGAUCGUGAUAGCAGUGAUCGUUUGCCUGGCCAUCUCUGUCGUGGUGGCCCUGUUUGUGUAUCGGAAGAAUCAUCGUGACUUUGAGUCUGAUAUCAUUGACUCUUCCGCACUCAACGGGGGCUUCCAGCCUGUGAACAUCAAGGCAGCCAGACAAGAUCUUCUGGCGGUGCCUCCAGACCUCACGUCAGCUGCAGCCAUGUACAGGGGACCUGUCUAUGCUCUGCAUGAUGUCUCAGACAAAAUCCCAAUGACCAAUUCUCCAAUUCUCGAUCCACUGCCCAACUUGAAAAUCAAAGUAUACAACACCUCAGGAGCCGUCACUCCCCAAGACGACCUCUCUGAGUUCACAUCCAAGCUCUCUCCACAGAUGACCCAGUCCUUACUGGAAAAUGAGGCCCUCAACCUGAAGAAUCAGAGUCUCGCCAGGCAGACGGAUCCAUCCUGCACUGCCUUUGGCACCUUCAACUCUCUUGGAGGCCACCUCAUCGUGCCCAAUGCAGGAGUAAGCUUGCUGAUUCCUGCCGGGGCCAUUCCCCAAGGGAGAGUCUACGAAAUGUAUGUGACAGUACACAGGAAAGAAAGUAUGAGGCCGCCCAUGGAAGACUCUCAGACGCUCUUGACCCCGGUGGUGAGCUGUGGGCCUCCCGGAGCCCUGCUGACUCGACCUGUGGUCCUCACUCUCCACCACUGUGCAGAUCCCAACACCGAGGACUGGAAGAUCGAGCUCAAGAACCAGACAGCACAGGGACAGUGGGAGGAUGUGGUUGCGGUUGGAGAGGAAAACUUUACUACCCCCUGCUACAUUCAACUGGAUGCAGAGGCCUGCCACAUCCUCACAGAGAACCUCAGCACCUACGCGCUGGUUGGGCAUUCUGUCACCAAAGCGGCUGCCAAGCGUCUGAAGCUAGCCAUCUUUGGACCCCUCUGCUGCUCCUCCCUGGAAUACAGCAUCCGAGUGUACUGUCUGGAUGACACACAGGAUGCCCUAAAGGAAGUUUUACAGCUUGAGCGGCAGCUGGGAGGGCAACUUCUGGAGGAACCCAAGGCCCUCCAUUUUAAAGGCAGCAACCACAACCUGCGCCUGUCCAUUCACGACAUUGCCCAUUCCCUCUGGAAGAGCAAGCUGCUGGCUAAAUAUCAGGAAAUUCCUUUUCACCAUGUCUGGAGUGGGUCUCAAAGAAACCUGCACUGCACCUUCACUCUGGAAAGGUUUAGCCUGAACACCGUGGAGCUGGUGUGCAAACUGUGUGUGCGGCAAGUGGAAGGAGAGGGGCAGAUUUUCCAACUCAACUGCACCGUGUCAGAGGAGCCUACUGGCAUCGAUCUGCCCUUGUUGGACCCGGCCAGCACCAUCACCACCGUCACAGGGCCCAGUGCGUUCAGCAUCCCGCUCCCCAUCCGGCAGAAGCUGUGCAGCAGCCUGGAUGCCCCACAAACCAGAGGCCAUGACUGGAGGAUGCUGGCUCAUAAACUGAACCUGGACAGGUACUUGAAUUACUUUGCCACCAAAUCGAGCCCAACUGGCGUCAUCCUGGAUCUCUGGGAAGCCCAAAACUUCCCAGAUGGAAAUCUGAGCAUGCUGGCAGCUGUCUUGGAAGAAAUGGGCAGACAUGAAACAGUGGUGUCUCUAGCAGCAGAAGGGCAGUAUUGAUUGACCACACUGGAAAAUGAAAAACGUGCAGGGAGUCUGUGACUGUCCAGAGAACAACACACAGCCGGGAGGGAAACCCAGACCCGACCAAUGAGUUUUACAGGCAAGAUGGCAGCAGAGAGCACUGGGAAAGAGGCCACCACCCAUGUACACGCCCACUCUCCUCGGACAGCACCUCGGGAGUUAAGAAAAGUUGUGUAAAUUUGUACCUUGAAUUUAGAAAUCACUCUAAUUUUCCUCUUAGUUGGGCUGUAUGCUGUAUGGUACAGGAUCUUACAGUUUCCUAGGAAACGCUUUUUAUUGCUAUCCAGCUCUAUGGAUAAACUUUCUUAACAAACCCAAUUUCUACAAAUGUUGUUUACAUCAGAUUGGACAGGGAUGCAGACACUGUCCAUGGCUUGUUCUAUUUUUGUUCAGAUCAUUUGGAGUUGAAGCUGUGGACGGUUUGUUGUGUCUAUUACAGAUUAGUGAUUUACAGAGAAA